AUGGAGGAUGUCACUGUGCUUAAUAUUUUCCAAAACAAAAUUUACAAAGAAAAAAUUAGUUGCAACAAAAAUAUCGGGCUCAAAUGUUAUCAUAUCGAAGAAGCUGAUUAUUUGCUUGUUGCUUUGAAACAUUGCCGAUCAAUUAGCAGUGUAAAAAUCUGGUUUACUGAUUCACAUUUUGCCGGUGAAGAAAAGGCAUUGGAGCAAGCAUUCAGUUCGUUUCCGGAUCUUACGGGUAUGACAAUGCGGCCACAUGGACAGGAAUUCUUCUGGUCCGGCCUCGAUAUGUAUACGUUCCCAAAAUUCACCAAAAUGGAUACACUGAUGCUGGAUGGUUUCAAUAUCAGUAAGUUUUGUGUCAUUCUUUGCAAUACAGAUCGGAGAAUUAUCUCCCGUGAAUAG